AUGGGGAAGGAAAGUAAAGUAAAAGUUGCAGCGAUGGGUAUUACAAUAUUGUUGUUAUCCAUUUUGCAGGUGACAAUGGCGGUGAAGCAAACAUACAUCGUUCAGAUGGCUGGAGACGAACGGCCAAAGAGUUUCCCUGAUCACUCCACGUGGUAUGCCUCGUCUCUGGCGUCUGUGUCCGAGACAGCCGAGACGACUUUCGCUGCAACUGAUAGAGGCAUCCUCGUUUCGUGCUCCGCAGGAAACAGUGGCCCCGACCCAUACAGCAUGGAAGACUUUGCACCGUGGAUAACGACCGUCGGUGCGGGGACCCUUGACCGCGACUUCCCGGCGGAUGUCAUGCUCGGGGACAGAACGACUUACGCCGGCACCUCACUCUACAGCCUUCGAAAGCCACUGUCCGGUGAUCUCGUGUACGCUGGAUAUGUGAGCAACAACGGCAGCAAUCUUUGCAUUAACGGGACCCUCAUCCCAGAGAAAGUUCGAAAUAAGAUUGUGUUGUGUGACCGCGGGGUGAAUCCCAGAGUUGAGAAAGGCGCAGUGGUGAAAGAAGCUGGGGGUUUAGGGAUGAUUUUGGCUAAUACUGACAAGGAAGGAGAGGAGCUGGUAGCAGACGCUCACAUGAUCCCGGCCAUGAUGGUCGGCGCAAAGUCGGGGCGUGGAAUAAGAAGGUAUUUGUUGUCCUAUAGAUCCAAUGCCAAGGCCACCAUUAUGUUGCGAGGGAUAACUAGGGUGGACGUCAAGCCUUCCCCGGUUGUCGCAGCCUUCAGCUCUAGGGGACCCAACGUUAUCACCCCCGAAAUCCCAAAACCGGACCUCAUUGCGCCUGGGGUGAGCAUCCUAGCUGGAUGGACAGAUGCUAAGGGUCCCACCGGCUUAGAUAUCGACAAACGCAAAGUCUUAUUCAACAUAAUCUCUGGCACGUCCAUGUCGUGCCCCCACGUCAGCGGCCUCGCGGCCCUGCUGAAGGCGGCCCACCCUGAGUGGAGCCCUGCCGCCAUUCGUUCGGCUCUCAUGACCACGGCUUACUCCAAUUACGAGGACGGGAGCCCGUUGCUGGAUGCAGCCACCAGCAACGCGUCCACCCCAUUCGAUCAUGGUUCCGGGCAUGUGUCCCCUAUCACCGCCCUCAACCCAGGCCUAGUCUACAACCUAACCACGAACGAUUAUUUGAACUUUCUCUGUGCAAUAAAUUAUACUUCUUCUCGAAUCAAGACCCUAGCAGGGAAAACAACAAAAUUCCGUUGCCAGCCCAAAAAAUCAUACAGCGUCUACGACCUCAAUUACCCUUCCUUUGCAGCCACCAUUCCCCCAUCUGGAAAUUGUAAAACAACCGUGGUUUUUAGGAGAACACUCACAAACGUGGGAGAAAAUGGGACGACAUACCGAGUCUCGAUAUAUUCACCAAGACCGUCAGCCACGAUUUCUGUUACUCCUAAAACAUUGGUUUUCGGCCAAAAGAACGAAGCAAAGUCUUACAAGUUGACGGUGGUAGCAACCCAGAUGUCGCCCGGUACAAACGCGUUCGGCAGAAUCGAAUGGUCGGAUGGGAAUAAUGUGGUGGGGAGUCCAGUUGUUGUUAGUUGGAUCAACGCUACUCAGGAUUAA